CGGUGCCGUCCCCCCGCGGAGGAAGGACGGGCUGCAAGAUGGCGGCGCCGGAGGAGCGGCUCGUGUCGGAGGGCGAAGGCGGCGCCCCGGGCUCGGCGCGGCUCUCCCCGGCCCCGCUGCCGGAGGCCGCUGAGCCGCUGGCGCCCAUGGAGCCGCCACCUCAGAGCAACACGCUCAUGGGGCUGCCCAUCGUGGCUAUCGAGAGCAUCCUCAGCUUCCUGUCCUACGACGAGACGAGCCAGCUGCGCUUGGUUUGUAAGCGAAUGGACUUGGUUUGCCAGAGAAUGUUAAAUCAGGGAUUUCUGAAAGUGGAAAGAUACCACAACUUGUGUCAAAAACAAGUUAAAGCUCAACUUCCAAGACGGGAGUCAGAAAGGAGAAACCAUUCAUUAGCUCGCCAUGCAGACAUCCUCGCUGCUGUGGAAACGAGACUCUCUCUCCUAAAUAUGACUUUCAUGAAGUAUGUGGAUUCCAAUCUCUGUUGCUUCAUACCUGGAAAGGUAAUAGAUGAAAUUUAUCGAGUGCUAAGAUAUGUAAACUCUACAAGAGCUCCUCAGAGAGCUCAUGAAGUUCUUCAAGAACUAAGGGACAUUUCCUCCAUGGCUAUGGAAUAUUUUGAUGAGAAGAUUGUUCCAAUACUGAAAAGAAAGAUGCCUGGGUCAGAUGUAUCGGGACGUCUAAUAGGAACUGCCCCAGUUCCAGGGCCUUCUGCAGCACUGACAACAAUGCAGCUGUUCUCCAAGCAGAGCCCUUCCAGGCAGGAAGUCACCAAGCUGCAGCAGCAGGUGAAAGCCAACGGCACGGGCCUGACGGCGCUGAAGCGGGAGAUCUCGGAGCUGCGCGUCAAAGUGCAGGAGCAGCAGAAGCAGCUCCAGGAUCAAGACCAGAAACUGCUUGAGCAAACCCAAAUCAUUGGGGAACAGAACGCCCGCUUGGCCGAGCUGGAGCGCAAGCUGCGGGAGGUGAUGGAGAGCACAGUAGGGAACUCGUCAGGUUCCGGCUCAAAUGAACAAUCUCCCAGGAAAAGGAGGAAGGCGGUGGAUUCCACAGACUGUCCUAGGAAAUCUAAACGCCUUCGGAACAGAAAAUAACCGGGGAGGAAAUGGCGCCUUCAGGAGGAUACACUGCUCUAGUAGCCCAAGCAGGCCUGUUUGUUUGGAUACUGUGACCAGCUUCAUGGUGUCGCUUAGGCUGCUGGCUCUUCAAAACACCACUUAGACUUGAACAGUGAUUUUCUUUCAUUGACUUUUCCCCUGCUUUCUAUAUGGGUGGGCCUAAUGCACAGAAUCUUUAAGAUUUGCAAUAGCUACAUACUAACCAGACCUGCUCUGUUAUGUUUUGAAGGGUUAACCUUUUUUUUUUUUUUCCGUGCAGAUGUGUUAUAAAGUAAACUUAUUUGUGUUUAUGCAUAUGUUCACAUGAAAUCUUAAAUAAAUUGUCUUAACUGACUAAAUGGUUAAGAGUAAAAACAGAUGUCCUGUUCACUUGAAGGAAAGAUCCGCUUUUAAAACCUUGUUUUUGAGAACUUGACCUUUUUUGUUACAAGUGACCUUGUCUGGAAUGUCUGAAAAGUAGUUAAUACUUUUUGGGGUUCUCUGUAACGAGUAAAACUGACUUCUUAAGCUACAGUAUUGGCUAUAUAUUUUUGUAAACUUCCACAGAAGGGCCUUCUAUCCAGUCUUCACAUGCACACACCCUGGUUCUAGGUCUUGGGAGCCAUAUUCUACAUUUGCAUGGAUAGAUGCAUGUACAGCUUAGUCAGCCUGCCAAAAGCACUUGCCUGAAACUGUUCCAAACUCUGGGAGAGAGCACAGAGACCUGUCAAGCAAUUCCUUUGUUCCUCAGCCAUAAGUCAGUCUCUGCUUUCAGCACAGCGGCUUCCUCGCAGCGAGGCGGGCUGGGGAGGCAGUGGCUGCCCGGGCUGUGUGGCUGCCCCUCGCCCUGCCUGGAAGGCAGGGAUCUAUUGUUAGCCAAAGCUGGAGAACGGAGAGGCUGCCUGUGCAUCACUUGGGUCAUGGGCCAACACCCAACACCUACAAACUGUCCCUGGAGCCACCAAGCGCUGGGGACGUCAUUGGAGUGAAAUGCUGUAUUAUGGUAAAACUUAAACUAUGUUGUGUGUCUGUGUUGGGGUCGGGGUGGAAAUUUCUCUGUAACACUGAUGACAAUAUUCUAAGCUUUCCUUAUCCUAAAAGGUAAAUCACUUCAGACAGAGCUUUAAUUUCUUUUGCACUUCUGUUUUGAGCUUGUAACUGGAAAAGCAUGUCUUGCACUGUUCAGUCUCUCUGGUCACUUUAACCACCUCAGAGUUGUGUACAGUGAUUAUUCCCCCCUGCCAUCUGUAUAUUUUUGGAAUCUUAUACAAAUACCAUUGUCCUUGGUUUUGUUUUAAUGUACUAAACUAUGUAGCUUUAUAAUUUGACUUAUGUUUUCUUUUUUUAACCAGCUGCUGCUUUGUCUUUAGCGGGUUCUGAAUUCAACUUGGUAUGGCACUGAAAAUGCAAAUGCUGCAUUUUGUAGCUGUUCACAAUCUUGAUAUUACUGCUGUUGGUUAAAGUGCAAAUUCACUUUGUAUGGCUGUCAGCAUAACCUAGUGGCUGUAUUUAAAGCACCAAACAAAUCAGAAGUUGUCUGGUCAGAUAUUAUAUAAUCGUGGCAAACUGACAUUUCUCCUGAAACUUCAGCUACAACUUUUACUUCUAAAGCAUAGCUUGUACCAGAAGUAACAUUACAAAUGCCUAAUAUUUGACAGACAUUUAACUUCCAAAUAAACUUCUCAAGUAGUUUGA